UACUGGGAGGUCAGGAGCUGGCUCCGGGGAGGUGCUGGUUGGUCGCCUUCCUUCCCCCGGUUGCUAGGUGGCCUGUUUGCCGCUGCUUCAAGUCUCCGGUGUGGAAGCGGAAUCCGCUCCUCCAACCCUUCCGGCACCGAUUCUCCGGGAGGCUGAAACGUGGCCUGUCGGUGCCCUUCCCCUGACGUGGCUGCGGCGACAGGCUCAUCUACUCGAGCCGCAGGCUUUGGGCCUGUGACUGAUGGCGAAUCGGUGAGGAGGAGGAGGAGGCGACGGGAGAAGGGGCUUUUUCCCCGAGGGUGAAGGAUGGAGGAGAAAUACAGCAACAACAUCAUUUCCAGCACCAGGCUGGGCCCCGUAGAUGUGCCCAGCUCCAGGGUAACUCGGUACAUCACACUGCUAUGUCUGGCUAAGUUCCUUAAGGUUAUUGGAAUUUUUGAAUCGUAUGACCUCCUUAAAGUUGUCCAUAUUGUCCAGUUUGUCUUCAUAAUCCAGCUGGGAUCUGCAAUAUUCUUGGUUUUAUUUCAAAAACCAUUUUCGUCAGGGAAACCAAUAUCAAGACGGCUGUGGGUCAAGAUUGGUAAACAUGCAGUUGGUGGUUGUAUUAUUUUGCUGUUGUGGUUCUUUGGACUCACACUUUGUGGACCAUUGAGAACAGUACUCCUGUUUGAACAUAGUGACAUUGUUGUCGUUUCACUGCUUGGCGUUUUGUUUACCAGCUCUGAUGGAGGCCCAGCAAAGACAAGAGGAGCUGCGUUCUUCAUUAUUGCUGUCAUAUGUUUGUUGUUAUUUGACAAUGACGAUCUGAUGGCCAAGAUGGCUGAACACCCUGAGGGACAUCAUGACAGUGCUUUAACCCAUGCACUAUACACAGUCAUCUCUCUUCUUGGGGUGGCAGACCACAAGGGCGGGGUUUUACUAUUGGUGAUGUCGUUGUGCUUCAAAGUUGGUUUUCAUACAGCCUCCAGAAAGCUGUCAGUGGAUGUCGGUGGAGCUAAACGCCUGCAUACAUUAUCUACCCUAACUUCAGCUGUGUUAUUGUUUCCAUGGGUAGUCAUAUUGACUGCAACUACAGAGAGUAAAAUAGAAUCCUGGUCUUCCCUUAUCAUGCCAUUUGGGACUGUCAUCUUCUGUGUGCUAAUAUUGGACUUCUAUGUGGAAUCCAUAUGCUCAGCCAAAAUGGAAGCUCCAAAGUGUGCACAAUAUGGUUCAUUUCUCGUCUUUUUUGGAGCCUUACUUCUAGCUAAUUUCUGGACACAUCCAAUAACUGAUCAGCUACGUGUAAUCAACAAACAAACCCUCCAGCACAGCACUGAACAUGUAUUGUCAGGUGGAGUGGUGGUCAGUGCCAUUUUCUUCAUACUAGCUGCCAGCAUCUUAUCCUCGCCUUCCAAGAAAGGCCAAAAGGGUACUCUGGUUGGUUACUCACCUGAAGGUACCCCACUGUAUAACUUUAUGGGUGAUGCCUUACAGCAUACUUCCCAGUCACUGCCCAGAUUUAUCAAAGAAUCUUUGAAACAAAUCUUGGAAGAGUAUGACUCCAGACAGAUCUUCUACUUUCUCUGUCUUAACCUAGCCUUUACAUUUGUGGAAUUGUUCUAUGGUGUAUGGACCAACAGUCUUGGCCUUAUCUCUGAUGGUUUCCACAUGCUGUUUGACUGCUCAGCACUAGUCUUGGGCCUCUUUGCAGCCCUAAUGACCAGAUGGAAGGCAACUCGAAUUUACUCUUAUGGAUAUGGACGUCUUGAAAUUCUGUCUGGAUUUAUUAACGGUCUUUUCCUGAUGGUUAUAGCAUUUUUUGUUUUUAUUGAAUCUGUGGCCAGAGUCUUUGAUCCUCCAGACAUUGACACAGAAAUGUUAACGCCAGUCUCCAUUGGGGGUCUGAUAGUGAACCUGAUUGGCAUCUGUGCCUUUAGCCAUGCACAUUCCCAUGGCAGUUCUCGAAGCAGCUGUUCUUCACACGAGCAUGGCCACAGUCAUGGACAUGGGCAUUCGCACAGCGACCAUGGACACGGAGGACAUGGUCAUAGUCACAGCCACAACCAUGGUCACUCACAUGGAUCUUCAGGUGGUGGAAUGAAUGCUAAUAUGAGAGGAGUAUUUCUGCAUGUGCUGGCAGAUACCCUAGGCAGUAUUGGAGUGAUCAUCUCAUCUCUUCUAAUUCGUCAAUUUGGAUGGCUGAUUGCUGAUCCUAUUUGCUCUCUCUUCAUUGCUGUGUUAAUAUUUCUCAGUGUCAUCCCACUUAUGAAAGAUGCUUGUCAAUUGCUGCUGCUACGGACCCCACCGGAGCAUGAGAAACAACUCAGUAGUGCCCUAAAUAAGAUCCAGAAAAUUGAAGGUGUUCUGUCUUAUCGAGACCCUCAUUUCUGGCGCCACUCGGCCAGUGUAAUAGCAGGAACCCUGCAUGUACAGGUCAUGCCAGAUGUUGUGGAGCAGCGAAUUGUACAGCAGGUGACAGCUGCUUUAAAAGAUGUUGGUGUAAACAACUUGUCCGUUCAGGUGGAGAAGGAGUCUUACUUCCAGCAUAUGUCAGGUCUGAGUACGGGUUUCCAGGACAUCCUCACUAUAACACAGCAAAUGGAAGCUGUGAAAUUUUUAAAAGAUGGUACUUAUAUCAUGUGACCAAAUCCAGAAAUACAUCUGUCUGGAAGCUGCAGAAAAGCAGUGACAACACGUCAAUGUAUCAAGAGUUUUAUAUAUAGUAUAUUUAUUUUAAGAAAAACAUUGCAGAAUUUCAUCCAUUAUAUAUUUGAUUUGAAACAGUUUUCUGAUGUAUUUUUUCUCUGAUAUGGAUUAGCAAACAGAAAUUUGAACUGUCAAUAGCAGUUGAAUGGACAAUUUCAUCAUUAAAUAUAUUGUGUAAAGAGUAUAUUCUGAAUUUAUAUUAAAUGGGCCUACAAGAGGUUGACAUGUUUACAUUUGAGCUAUAAGUAUUAGAUUUAUAAUUUUCUUUAUGUACAUUUUGGUAUGUGAUGGAAAGAUUGCAUGGAUUUCCAAAUGACUUUAGAAUUAGAAGUUUCCAAAUGGGUAGAAACUUCAACCAUUUGAAUGAGAUUUGUGCCCAUUUUUAAAUUAUGUUUGUUUUGUGUGGAAUUGGAAUGUUAAUGAUGGACCAACAAUUAACUGAUGUUAUAAGUUUGUAUUUUUUGUUUAUAUUUUGCAGAUACAAUGGGCCAAAUGGCCUCCUGCACUGUAACAAUUCUGUGACAUUUUGCUUCAGUAGUUCCAUAUCCAAAUCCUGUGGAUUUUUUCUAUCUGGUAUUUAAUGAAUGUUAAAAAUACUGAAUCAUCUUUUCCCCAUAAAGGUGUUUGGAAAAUCAAAAGCAAAAAAAAAGCACCUAACUGCCAUACGGAAUUCAGUAACUAAUCUAAGCCAGCAUUGAAUGAGUGGGCUAAUCAUGCUUAUUAUCACUUCUUGAUGAACCUGCUAAAAUUGUACUUUGGUAAUCAAGGAAGUGAUGGCUCUUGGGAUAAGUUUCCCAUUUCACUCCUUCCUUUUCCCAGAUGUCCUAGCCAAAGCUGGCAGAAUCACUCCCUGCAUAAACCGUAUUUUAACUGGGGCCUCCUAUCUGAGAGCUCAGUCUUUCAAUAUUGUAGUUACAAGGUUAACCAUGGAGAAAUAUUUUCUUCUAAACCAAUGGUUUUCGGAGAUACUGUAUCAGAAUUUAAAAUGGGAACGACCAGUUAAUAAAUUCUUUGUAAACAUUUGAUAGGACAUUAUACUACAUUGUAGUUGCUGCUGAAAAUGGCUAUCUUUCUUUUCAGUGUGUUUCAGAAAUAUAGAAGAACCUUCUAUGCUAACAACUCUGUCCAACUAUUCAGUUUUCUCCCAUUUUGAGGUCCUGAAUAGGACAGCAGUGCAGAAAAUUAUAAGUAACAUUGAGUUCAAGAAAACUUUUGGAUUGCUUGAUAUUAUUUCUCAAUCCUUGGCCAAUUACAUAGAAUAUACAGCACAGAAUCAGGCCAUGUGGCUCAACCAGUCCAUGCCGAUAUUGAUGCUCCACUCAUCCUUCCUUAUCUAACUAUUAACACAGCCCUCUAUUCCCUUCUUUCCUCAUAUACUUAUCUAGCUUUCUCUUAAAUGUGUCCACAUUAUUCACCUCAACCAUUCGCUGUGGUAGCGAGUUCCGUAUUCUCAUCACUCUCUAGGUAGAGAAGUUUCUCUGAAUUUAUUUGGAUUCUUGGUGACUAUCUUAUAUUGCUUGCCUCUAGUUUUGCUCUUCCUCACAAGUGGUAUGUGCACUUCUUCAGUUACCCCAAAAAGCUCUAACAUUUGUACGUCAUGUUCAUGCACAAGGAAAGGUAGGAUAUGAAACUGGAUUGAAAUAAAACAAGGAAAGGUAUUUAACCAUAA